AUGCCUGUAGAUAUACUAACAACGGCUUUGUUUGAAGGUACAGAUUCUGUUCCUGGUUGGGAAUAUAUUAAGACUUAUGCUCCACUUGCAUUGGCACUCGGAAGUAUUAAAUAUUAUUUCAGAGGCGCAACUAAUACUUGGGAAAGAGAUUUACAUGGUAAAGUAUAUUUAUUAACAGGAGGUACAUCUGGAGUUGGUGCUCAUAUUGCUUAUGAAUUGGCCAUGAAAGGUGCCCAAGUUAUUCUUUUGGUUCGUUCUAUGGAAGAUAUUUGGGUAGUUGAUUUUGUUAAUGAUUUAAGAGAAAAGACUAAUAAUAUUUUGAUUUAUGCUGAAGAAUGUGAUUUAAAUUCCUUAUAUUCAGUGAGAAAAUUUGCCACCAAAUGGUUAGAUAAUCAACCUCCUAGAAGAUUAGAUGGAGUUAUUUGUUGUGCAGCUGAAGCCAUACCUAGUGGACGUCAAAGGCAAUUUACUAUUGAUGGGGUUGAAAAACAAUUGGGAAUUAAUUAUUUCAGUCAUUAUCAUUUAUUAACAUUAUUGGGACCAUCCUUAAGAGUUCAACCACCUGAUAGAGAUGUAAGAGUAGUGUUAGCAACUUGUACAUCCCAAGCUAUAGGGACAGUUGAUCUUGAUGAUUUAUUAUGGAAAUCAAAAACUUAUCCUAAAAAUCAACCUUGGAAAAUAUAUGGUACAUCUAAAUUAUUACUAGGAUUAUUUGCUAGAGAGUAUCAAAAGAGAAUACUGGAAUAUGAAAGGAAAGAUGGUAUGAAAUGUAAUGUUACUAUAAAUCUUGUUAAUCCAGGAAUUAUGAGAACUCCAUCAACUAGAAGAGUAUUAAGUAUGGGAACACUUUGGGGUUUAUUUUUAUAUUUGAUUUUAUAUCCAAUUUGGUAUUUAUUCUUAAAGAGUGCCAGACAAGGAGCUCAAUCAUUUUAUUUUGCAUUAUUUGCUCCUAUUAUUCCAAAGAUUGAAGGAGGAAAUUAUAUACAAGAAUGUAAAAUUAAUCCUAAAGUAAGAAAAGAGUAUAAUGAUUUUGAAUUGCAAAAAGAAUUGUUUGAUAAGACAGAAAAGAUUAUAGAAGAAUUAGAAAAAAAAUCAGCCUUAGUUAGAAAUAGUCAGAAAUCAGCAUCAGAAAAGAAAAGAGAAAAGAGAAAGGAAAAUAAGAAGAAAGCUGAUCUUGCUGUCCAACCUAAAUCAUCCGAAGAGUUGGACUCUAAACUUAAUAAAUUAAGAAAUGAACUUGGAAUUGGUAUUAAUAGAGUGCCUGAUAAUUUACCAUUAUUCCCGUCAGAAAAUGAAAGGAAAAAUAUAUCUAGUUCUGGAUCUAGUUCAGGGUCUUCAGCAACUGGUAGUACCUCUAAGGCACAGAGUAGUAAAAGAAAGAAUAAGAAAUAG